AUGGACCGCCAACCAUACCCGUUCCUGCCUGCUAAUUCUGCUAGUCGCGAGGGAGCGCUUCCCCAGGACAGCGCCGGCGCCAGUAGCAGUGCACUUGAUCCACGCUAUGGUCCUCAGACCAUACAUAGACCCGACUUGUUCUUUCUCAACUCUCCUCCUCCUCACAUGGAUGCCAGGAACAGACCACAGUAUCCUCAGCUUCCUCUUAACUCAUCUCCUGUGAAUCAGUUGUAUCCGUAUCACCAGCAGUCUUUUCCUCGCUAUGUUCCACAACCCCAGUCAGCUCUCUACCCGACCGCGUACUCUCAGAUCCCGGGCGGCAAUCACGAUUAUAGGCAGCGCUCUGCGACCCUUCCAGAACACAUGCCCCCACCACCACCUUUGCCUCCAAAGCCCAUCGUCUACCCAUCUAUAGGGAACUCUUCAGUACGAAAUGCGUCGCCCUAUUAUUCGGCGCCUCCUUUACCUCCGUCAUUGCCACCCCCGCCUCCUUUUUCCGAGUCCGCACCAGUGCCAAAUUCUGUACCAUCUCCUGCGGAUGAUUCCAAUGAACUCGCCAUGGCACUAGCCUUGUCCCAAUCAGAGUCUGCGCAGAGAAAGAUGCUUGAAGAGCAGGAAGAGGAAGAUCUAGCUAGAGCUUUGAUGGAAUCCAUGCUUUCCACGGGAAGUGAUCUUCAAUCGUCGAGCGAUCCUUUCUUUGCAUCGCGCAACGGUCCUCCACCUAUCGUUGCUGCAACAAAACCCACAAAGUCCCCUGCGCUUUCAUCCGCGAGCUUGCCCCACUUUCCGCAGCAUGAUUCAACAUCGACUCCCGUUCCCACAUCGGAAAUCCCCUCUAAUAGUGUUGAUCCCUCUCAUUUUGGACGAUACGACAAGUGGCGUAUACCUGAGAAACCAUCGGCAAAUGAGCCGCCAUCCGAGCCUGACAAUCCCUCUUCGGGUUUCCUACAAUCUGCCAAUCCUGCCAUUGCUCCUUCUGAAUCCAGCAGAUCCCCAGCGGCAAGGCCCGUGAGUGUAUCCAGCUCGUCGUCACUUCCAUAUAUGCAACCAAGUCCUCGAGUAGCUGCAUUUGAUGGUGCAGUAAUAGAUGCGUCGAAAGAUGGCAGCGAUCGUCCCAUUCCACCAACGUACCAACCUACAGUUCAGGGAUCGUCCUCACAGGCCCACGAUGAUGCCACCGCACCACAGACCCCUCCUGAUACUGUUCUGGCUUUCGACGAUGAGGCGUAUGCUCGUCAACUGGCAGCCGAAGAAGAAGAAAUGGCCAGGCAAGAGCAGCAUGCCUACUACGAAAAGAAAAAGGCGUUGGAAACUGCAGAUGAAAAUGUGGGGCAAACCGCUCCAGCUUAUAUUUCAAAUGGCAAACAGCCCCAGCCUCGUUAUCAGUCAUUGGAAUCAUUUCGUCCAGCCACCGAACCAUAUCAGUUUCGUGAUGCUGCUCUUUCUAAUCCAUCUGAAGGUACAUAUCCAUCUUCAGAUCCUAGCGAAUCUUCCCAUUCAUCAGUUGCUUAUCCUUCCUUGGAAUCUCACCGUGACUCAGAGUCGGACUCAAUCUCUAUGACGAGCCGACAUUCUUCUGCCCGUUCUUCCGCGAGUGUGCCUACCGGACAGACUCCACCAGGCAGACGGCGGCAAUCCGUGGGUAGUAUGUCGCAACCCGAUGCAAAGUCUAAUCUUGCACACCAACAACCAGUCGCUGGGCUCUUAAAUCCCAAUCAAUUUUUGGAUCGUGAACUAUUAGUUGGCGUUACUAUUGGAUUCAAACCGCCAGCUAUAUCGACCAGACUUUUACCCAUGCAAGAUCCUAUGCCAAAUAUAAUAUCUAUUCCUUACAGCCGUUGCCCUCCCCUACAUCUUCAAGCGCCAGACUGGAGACAUCUUUUGAGGUUGAUGGCUCGAUUGAGUGGAACUCGGAUUGAACCAACUGUUGAGGCGAUGGCUGUCUCAAAGAACGACCUCAAACUGCGUACCGUUAUUCAGUUCAUAAAGCCUCAUCCUUCUUCAGCUGAGUGGCGGACCAUACUGUGGUUUACCGUGGACCAUCCAAUUCCCCCAAACGCGCCAGGAGCAUCCCGUUACAUCGCCGGGAAUCCGAAUUUAUUGCCAUGGUCUUAUUCUCUUUCUCCGCUCCCAAUGCUUUUACGUGAUGCCUCGGACACUCCAAUUUCGAAAAGCUUUACAAUUCCCGAGUCAGAAAGUGUCCCACUUCCUAAUUUACCUAUCACAUUUCCUAACCUGGCACUAUAUCUCCAAGCGGCCUUGGAUGAUUCACGGCGAUAUAGCAACGACCCAUUAAGUCUAGGCAAGCUGGGGAAAAUGGUUCAAACGUGUUAUCCUAACGUGGAGCAAGACCACUUGGAGUUUGAUGGUCCAGGGAAAUCGACCGUUGGACAUUUGUUCAAGAAGGUCAUGGGCCGGGGAAACAAAGACAAGAAAAAGACCAAAGCCACGAAUAAUGAAGAAACAUAUCAACUCGUUACACCUUUUGUGCCAGACGAAUGGGGUUGA